CCUUCGGUGUCCGUACUCUAUGUCGAAUUAGUCAACAGGCAUUCCUUGCUGAAACCUUACUUUCCCUCUCCAUCGAUGUAUGUUGUAUCUCCGAAACACGCAUACAAGACCCCACUUCGGUCGUGCUCCUCAAGCCGCUUAGGACGAGCCCAGAUGUUCCACAUUUCGUCCUCCGGGUAUCCGGUGAUCUUGACGCAAUGGCUCGUGAUAUCUGCGGUGUGGGAGUUGUACUCAGCCCCAAGGCUAAAAGCGCCUUACUGGACUUGAUCCCAGUAAACAAUCGCCUUUGCGCUGUGCGAUUGUCUGGCUCCAUUAAGAUUAACGCACGUCGAUGUGAUAAACGGUGUUUGUUUGUCGUAUCAGCAUACGCCCCAACAUAUAGCAGUUCUGAGACUGAAAAGGACGAGUUUUAUCACGAUCUGCCACGACCGCUUCGGUCGGCAAGAAGGGUAGAUAUAGAAAUUCUGGCGGGUGAUAUGAAUGCCCAAGUUGGACGACUAAUUCCGGAAGAAGCACAGUUAGGGCGCAUCUGGUUAGCGAUGGGCAACUGCCUCAAAUGCCGAAACAAUGAUACUCAGAGUGAAGACGAACAUAGAGAAGAAAAUCGAAGAAGCGACCAUCAAUCACGACGUGUUUUCUAUCCAGGUUACUUGGAACAUGACCCAAUCCUCCAUCCAGCCCCUGGUAUCUCGCGGCCUAUGUCCCAGCUGACUGAAGAAGAACAAGUCAAGAUCGCCACAAGAAUGGGGCUUAUUUCAACCCUUCCACUGUUCACGUUCACUGAAGAUAAACGAGAAAAGUUGACCGAGUGCAUAAUCUGCAUGUGUGAAUAUGAGGAAGGAGAUGAAUUGCGAUACCUCCCCUGCCUACAUACUUACCAUCGUACUUGCAUUGAUGACUGGCUCAUGCGUGCGUUGACGUGCCCUUCUUGCUUGGAAGAACUUCGACCAUCGUCGCCCAAUGUUAGCAGAUCCACUGACUCGAACCGUAACCUAACUCGUGUUCCACUCAGGGAGGCACAAUCCGGUGAACCCCCUUCUUAUACCGUUGCCACCAAUCCAGCUACGACCACCACAUCAUUACUCCCGGGGGAUAGCUCAACUGAUUCGCAAAAUCGUGGUGACGAGGUCGAUGAUGGACCAACUUUUUCUGUGGUGGAGUCGCAGUUAGACAGUUCUGCAACUCAGCAUCCAGUCAAACAGCUUACAGAUACAGCCGGUGGUAAAAACAAUAGCAGCGGUGGCGAUUGUGCGAGUGUGGUCCUCCAACAGUCACGCUACCAUCGGCGUACCAGGUCAAAUGGACCCCCAGUCUCCCGCACCGAAACUAUGACCAGGUCACCACUACCCGCAUUAAAUCCAGGGACUAUUCGUCGUGGCAACAGUGAAACUGAAUUGGACCUAGUUCAACCGUCUACCACAUUUCUACCGCAUCUCCAUCCUCACCACCCACAAUCCUCCAACAGACAAGAUGAUCAGAUGACCCCACAUAUUCAGCAGCACCUCCCAAGCUUAACACGGCAACUUGAUGGCGAUUCGCAUGAGGUGCGACCGAGCUAACAGCAGAACUCAAGCUACAUCUGAUUAGAGACACAUUUCAGACGAGGUGCCGAUGUUGGUGCUGCCUGAAUAAACCCAGUCAGUCCACUGUGCUUUCAACCCGUUCACCCCCACAGUCUCGGAGAGUGAUACGCAUCGCCGCAGUAAUUCAAGCGUAACCCCCAUGGUUGUUCGCCUCCUUGAGUCGUGCUCGUUUUUGCUUUUCUUACCUUGUUCGCGCUUGCUCAUUUAUUCAUUUUUCAUAGUCAGUUGUUUAACCAGGAGCAGUUUCUUAUUCGCCUCCGGUCUUGAUGGAUUGGUUCGUAUCCCCCCGUUGUUUCCACAUCAUCAUAAUUUCAUUCAGUUUGAUCGCUUUGACGCCCAUUCGAGCAUUUUCAGCACUACUGACCUGUUGUACAUGCCUAUGGAACAGCUCUCAAGCUUUGUAUCUCACAGAAUUCUAUUACUUAUCAACAUGCCCCGGUAACUCACGUUAUUAUUCUGCCUGUUUCAUCGAUAGGUAGAGGAAUGUGAACUCGUCAGUCAACCAGAUUUUAGUUGCCAAAGGCUCUCAACACAAUCCUUUCAUAUUUCUAUUCUUCUAGUCUUCACGUUUUUAGUUUUGUUUCACUUUAUCAUUUUCUGUUUUUAUCAAGUCAUUGUUUGAACUCAUCCAUGCUGGUGCUCGUUUGUCGUAGAUCUAUCCCAUACCAACCAACGUCCACCUAUGUAUCGUUACAUAGUUUUUUUCUUUUUCAAACCGGAACUUUCCAAUACUUUUUUGCAUCGU